UUUUGAUACGGUUAUACCACAGAAUAGAUGUAAUAGAUUCUGUGGUUAUACUGCCUGCCUGUUAUCUAUUCUGUAUUUCUAUCAUCGGWACUCUUAGAUCUAAGUCGGAACUCAUGAUUAUUGAUUACAUUUACGAAAUACGAUUUACACAUCAGUUAUCAGUACAUCACUAAUUCACUAAUCACUACUCACUAGACAGUAGACACUAAUAUUGUCUAACACAGUAAUUAUUCUAUUCUGUGGUAACACUCUAACGUCUCUAACCGCAAUUCAGUAAUGCACUGCAUUGUGAGUUGUGUACUAUGUCUAUUAUUCAAGUUAAGUACCUAUAGAGUUACAGUGAACUUGGACCAUGGGUAAACCACAGUAUAUCCAAAAGUUUCGAAAGGAGUGGCUCAAGGAUAAAGCAUUUGCGGAUUGGUUAAAGGAAGUUCCAGAGGACGAUUCAAAAGCAUUCUGUAAGUCCUGUUUGUGUUCAAUUCGUGCAAGACGUCCUGAUCUUGUAACCCAUGCUGCGACAAAAAAGCAUAAGUCCUCUACAAAUGCAAUUCAAAACCAUGCUAAUAGAAUAAAGGUUGUAACACCGUGUACUAAAACUGCACAAACUGAAGCUUCACUAUCUCUUUUCAUAAGUGCUCACUGUUCCGUUCUUUCUAUUGAUCAUCUUGGAGAGCUAUGUAAAGAAAAAUUUCCUGGGUCCAAACAAGCUGAAAACUUAUCUCUUCAUCGAACAAAAUGUACUUCUAUAAUAAUUAAUGUAUUAAAUCCUUUUUUCAAAACUGAUUUAAAAGACGAUAUUGGUAAUAAUAAGUUUAGUCUAUUGCUAGAUGAAUCAACAGAUAUUUCUGUAACCAAGUAUUUAGGAAUUGCCAUAAUAUAUUUCAGUACUCAAAAAAGCACUAUUGUAACCACAUUUUUCGRAUUAGAAAAGUUAGUUGAAUGCAAUGCUCAAGCUAUAGUAGAAUCAGUUGAAAAGUCAUUAGAGAAAUAUCAAAUAGAUAUAAAAAAUUUAAUUGGCAUAGGUACAGACAAUGCCAGUGUUAUGGUUGGUAUUAACAACGGUGUGCAUGCCUUAUUAAAAAAAUACAAUCCAAACCUAAUUUUGAUUCGAUGCGUAUGUCACUCAAUUCAAUUAGCUACAUCAUUUGCAUGCUCUCAAACUUUACCAAGGCAUCUUGAUUUUAUGAUAAGUGAGACUUAUAAUUGGUUUUCAAAAUCAUCUUUACGGCAACAAUCAUAUUUAGACUUAUUUAAAACAAUGAAUGAUGGCCAUGCACCUCUGAAGAUUGUCAGAGCAUGUAGUACUCGAUGGUUGUCGAUUGAAUCUGCAGUUUCCCGAAUAAUUGAUCAAUGGCUAGAACUUAAAUUACAUUUUCAACUUGCUCGUUCAAAUGAAAAAUGCUUUACUGCUGAAGUUUUAUACGAUAUGUAUUGUAAUGAACAAAAUUUGGCUUUUCUUCUAUUUUUGAGACCUGCUUUAGCUGAUGUACAAAGAGUGAAUAAAUUGUUUGAAAGCAAUAACGUCGACCAGACAAAGUUAGCAAUUGAUUUAUCGACAUUGGUAGUCUCAUUGGGUAAAUUAAUUGUAUUACCUUCAUUUAAUUUUGACCCAGUUACAAAUGAGAAUUUUAUUCAUCACUUACACCCUAAACCGUUUUUGGGUUAUAGUUUUGAAAAUAAAGUGACAGAACUAAAAAAUAAUGGCUCACUUAACGCUAAUGGUGAAAAAGUAUUAAGAGACAGAUGUAUUAAGUUUACUACUAUUUUAAUUCAACAACUACAACAAAGAUUACCAGAGAAUUUUAAAGUAUUUGAAAAAAUAAAUAUGUUAUCACCUACUAAUGUAUUAAAACAAGUGAAAGAUACAAUUAGCCCAUUAUGYGAACUUCUAGGAUAUGAGAGCAAAUUGAUUGAAAAAAUCGAUUUUCAAUGGCRUAAAAUCAAUGUUUUACUGUGGAAUGAAACAACCAAUGUUGUACAAUUUUGGGUUGAAGUCAAGAACUACACAGAUGCCUGUGGUGAGAAUCCCUUAAAAGAAUUGUCUGAACUAGCACUAACGACUUUGUCAUUACCUUUUUCAAAUGCCGAAGUAGAGAGGGUGUUUAGCCAGAUGAACUUAAUAAAAAGCAAAACAAGAAAUAGAAUGGGAACUGAGCUAUUGACAUCUCUACUACAAAUACGAUCUGGUCUGAAAAGGCAUGGUAAAUGUUGCCAUAAUUUUAUAUUACCAAAUAAAGUUAUCAAAAAUAUUGGAACUAAUUAUAUUUAUUCAAAAAAUGAAUGUAAUUUACCGAAUGAUAUAUUAGAAGAAUAUGAUGAUAUUCUUUUUAAUGCCUUAUAAAAAUGUAUAUUGUUUUUGUUAUUAUGUUUUAAUCAAGUCUGAUAAUGUACCUACCUUAAUAUUGUUAGGUAUUGUACCAAAAUACCAAAGUAUUCAUUUGUUUUUAUAUUAUAUAAUGAAUUUUGUUUUU